AUGAGGAGACUGAGUUUGUGGUGGCUGCUGAGCAGGGUCUGUCUGCUGCUGCCGCCGCCCUGCGCGCUGGUGCUGGCCGGGGUGCCCGGCUCCUCCUCGCACCCGCAGCCCUGCCAGAUCCUCAAGCGCAUCGGCCACGCGGUGAGGGUGGGCGCGGUGCACCUGCAGCCCUGGACCACGGCCCCCCGCGCUCCGGACGGCAGCCGGGCGGGCGCCCAGCGCGAUGAGCCCGAGCCCGAGCCCGCGACGUGGCGGCCCCCGGCGGCGCCCUCGCCCGGGGCGCGCUGGCUGGGGGGCGCCUUGCACGGCCGGGGGCCGCCGGGCGUCCCGAAGCCCGGGGAGGGCGCAAGAGGGGCCAAGACCCUGUGGCCUCGGGACGCCCUUCUCUUCGCCGUGGACAACCUGAACCGCGUGGAAGGGCUGCUGCCCUACAACCUGUCUCUGGAAGUGGUGAUGGCCAUCGAGGCGGGCCUGGGCGACCUGCCGCUCCUGCCUUUCUCCUCCCCGAGCUCGCCCUGGAGCAGUGACCCUUUCUCCUUCCUGCAGAGCGUGUGCCACACCGUGGUGGUGCAGGGGGUGUCGGCGCUGCUGGCCUUCCCCCAGAGCCAGGGCGAGAUGAUGGAGCUGGAUCUGGUCAGCUCCGUCCUGCACAUCCCGGUGAUCAGCAUCGUGCGCCACGAGUUUCCGCGGGAGAGUCAGAAUCCCCUUCACCUACAGCUGAGUUUAGAAAAUUCAUUAAGUUCUGAUGCUGAUGUCACUGUCUCAAUCCUGACCAUGAACAACUGGUACAAUUUUAGCUUGUUGCUGUGCCAGGAAGACUGGAACAUCACCGACUUCCUCCUCCUCACCCAGGAUAAUGCCAAGUUCCACCUCGGGUCUAUCAUCAACAUCACCGCCAACCUCUCCGCCUCCGAGGACCUCCUCAGCUUCCUGCAGACCCAGCUGGAGAGCAUCCAGAACAGCACGCCCACCCUGGUGAUGUUCGGCUGCCACAUGGACAGCAUCCGGCGGAUUUUCGAGAUCACCACCCAGUUUUGGGUAAUGCCCUCUGAGCUUCGCUGGGUGCUGGGGGACUCACAGAACGUCGAGGAACUGAGGACAGAAGGUCUUCCCUUAGGGCUCAUCGCUCAUGGGAAAAAAACACAGUCGGUCUUUGAGUACUAUGUGCAAGAUGCCAUGGAAUUGGUCGCAAGAGCCGUAGCCUCCGCCACCAUGAUCCAGCCAGAACUUGCUCUCAUUCCCAGCACGAUGAACUGCAUGGAUGUGGAAACUGCAAACCUCACUUCAGGACAAUAUCUGUCAAGGUUUCUAGCCAACACCACUUUCAGAGGCCUCAGUGGUUCCAUCAAAGUAAAAGGUUCCUCUAUCAUCAGCUCAGAAAACAACUUUUUCAUCUGGAAUCUGCAACAUGACCCCCUGGGAAAGCCAAUGUGGACCCGCUUGGGCAGCUGGCAAGGGGGAAAGGUUGUCAUGGACUAUGGAAUUUGGCCAGAGCAGGCCCAGAGGCAUAAAACCCACUUCCAAAACCCAAGUAAGCUACACCUGAGAGUGGUUACCCUGGUUGAGCAUCCAUUUGUCUUCACUCGGGAGGUAGACGAGGAAGGCUUGUGCCCUGCUGGCCAACUCUGCCUUGACCCCAUGACUAAUGACUCUUCCAUAUUGGACAGCCUUUUUAGUAGCCUCCAUAGCGGUAAUGAUACAGUGUCCAUCAAACUCAAGAAGUGCUGCUAUGGCUAUUGCAUUGAUCUGCUGGAAAAGCUAGCAGAAGACAUGAACUUUGACUUUGACCUCUAUAUCGUUGGAGAUGGAAAAUAUGGAGCCUGGAAAAAUGGGCACUGGACUGGACUAGUGGGUGAUCUCCUGAGUGGUUCAGCCCACAUGGCAGUCACUUCCUUCAGCAUCAAUACUGCACGAAGUCAGGUGAUAGACUUCACCAGUCCUUUUUUCUCCACCAGCUUGGGCAUCUUAGUGAGGACCCGAGACACAGCAGCUCCCAUUGGAGCCUUCAUGUGGCCACUGCACUGGACGUUGUGGCUAGGGAUUUUUGUGGCUCUGCACAUCACUGCCAUCUUCCUCACUCUAUAUGAAUGGAAGAGCCCCUUUGGUAUGACUCCCAAGGGGCGGAAUAGAAGUAAAGUCUUCUCUUUCUCUUCAGCCUUGAAUGUCUGCUAUGCUCUCUUGUUUGGUAGAACAGCAGCCAUCAAACCCCCAAAAUGCUGGACUGGAAGGUUUCUUAUGAACCUUUGGGCUAUUUUCUGUAUGUUUUGCCUUUCUACAUACACGGCAAACUUGGCUGCUGUCAUGGUCGGUGAGAAGAUCUAUGAAGAGCUUUCUGGGAUACAUGACCCUAAGCUCCAUCAUCCAUCCCAGGGCUUCCGCUUUGGAACUGUCCGAGAAAGCAGUGCUGAAGAUUAUGUGAGGCAAAGCUUCCCCGAAAUGCAUGAGUACAUGAGAAGGUACAAUGUACCAGCCACCCCCGAUGGCGUGGAGUAUCUGAAGAAUGAUCCCGAGAAACUAGACGCCUUCAUCAUGGACAAAGCCCUCCUGGACUAUGAAGUGUCAAUAGAUGCUGACUGCAAGCUUCUUACUGUGGGGAAGCCAUUUGCCAUAGAAGGAUACGGCAUCGGGCUGCCCCCCAACUCUCCGCUGACUUCCAACAUAUCUGAGCUGAUCAGUCAAUACAAGUCCCACGGGUUUAUGGAUGUGCUGCAUGACAAGUGGUACAAGGUGGUUCCCUGUGGCAAGAGGAGUUUUGCUGUCACUGAGACCCUGCAGAUGGGCAUCCAGCACUUCUCCGGGCUCUUCGUGCUGCUCUGCGCCGGGCUGGGUCUGUCCAUCCUGACAGCCAUCGGCGAGCACAUCGUGUACCGGCUGCUGCUGCCACGAAUCAAGAACAAGUCGAGGCUGCAAUACUGGCUCCACACCAGUCAGAGAUUGCACAGAGCACUAAACACGUCAUUUGUAGAGGAAAAGCAGCCGCAUUUCAAGACUAAACGUGUGGAUAAAAGGUCCGACGUGGGACCCCGUCAGCUCUCCGUGUGGAAUACUGCCCAUCAGUGUCACGACAUCCCACGAAAAUACAUCUUCAGUGAGGAGGGAGGACAGAACCCGCCGGGCCUGGGGACCCCCCAGGACAUCCCCCUCCCUCCACGGCGGAGAGAGCUCCCCGCCUCGCUGACCACCAACGGGAAGGCGGACCCGCGGCAGGGAGCGCGGACCUCGGUGAUGCAGGAGCUGGUGGAGCUGGAGAAGCAGAUCCAGGUGAUCCGGCAGGAGCUGCAGCUGGCCGUCAGCAGGAAGGCGGAGCUGGAGGAGUACCAGAGGGCGCGCCGGACUCCUGAGUUCUAG